ACUGGCAGUAACUUGUAACUUUGGAGCAAGGUGGAGUGGUCGGAAGGUAGUGUUCGCUGACUCUGAAUCUUAACCCCCACCGACCCUCGUUCUCUCUAGCUUGCUACAAGCCUCAACUACUGGCAGCAGCUGCUGCAGCUCAUCGUCUUAUUUACGGCUGUUUAUAGUUGGUGUAUCGUCUCAUGGACGCUCAGUGAGCCUUGAUCUUCUACGUAUCACGGCUCGUAAUUUAUCCUACUCGUAGUGUCGAGGUGCGGUCGCGUGCGUACCAUUAGAUGCAUGGUUCUCGACCACAGUGUGCCCGCACUUCCAACUCUUUAUUGCCCCUAUAACAAUUGACGCACUUGUCCUCUGGACAGAGUAAGGGGGACUAACGCCACAGCCUUCUGCUCACUGCCACAAACUGGCAUUAGAGUUUGUGAAACGCUCGUUUAUGCCAGUGAUGGCAAAUUAAAAAAAAAUGAUCCAUGAUAAGAUUAUUUCAAAUCAAGGUUGUGUGGUGUGAUUCUUGAGUGAAAAUAAGUGACUUAAACCCAACAACAAUGAGUUCGUAUCAGUUCGUAAACUCGAUGUCCGCUUGUUACGGACGAGUGCAAGAUGUUAGCGCCGUUGCGGCCGAUUAUUACGGAGCCGCAAUGAAUAGUUACGACACAUGCUAUUCUCCACCACUGCAGCAAUAUGGAGCUUAUACACCCACGGGUGCCUCUGCUUUACCAAACGGAACCCCGACAGCUGACUUUUUAACGUCGUCAGUGGCAGCUUCUUCAGCUGCUGCCACUGGGAGUCUGGGCACAGGAGAUGAGAGUGGAAGCUCGACCCCAGGUCCAUCUGUCCAUCCCCGGCUACACCAGCCUUCCUCGUCUCCAGUAUCUACCCCUCAAGCCAAUACGACCUCGGGAACCUCUAAUAAUAUUUCGUGUAAAUUCGCUCCCACUCCUGAGUCGGGGACUAAUCCCGUCGGAUCUCCUCAAGAUCUUUCGGUGUCAGCCGGAGGACCGGGAUCGAGCGGGUCCACGAGUGGAUCUGAGCAGAAUACACCGACUAGUGGAUCAGGUGGUGGUGGUGGAGGAACCUCAGGUGGUGCAAAUAAUAGUGGAGGGAACAGUGCGUCAGGAGGUGGAAGUGAAGCAGGAGAAGGAAGUGAAGCAGGGGAUUCCACAGCAGGUGGAUCGGGGUCGAAUACUAAGUCGAACCCUCACAUUUACCCGUGGAUGAAAAGAGUUCACCUCGGAACCAACAGUACAGUGAAUUCGAACGGGGAGACGAAGCGUCAACGAACUUCGUACACUCGCUACCAGACUCUGGAGCUGGAGAAGGAGUUUCACUUCAACCGAUACCUUACGAGGAGGCGAAGGAUAGAAAUCGCACACGCUCUCUGCCUCACAGAACGACAAAUCAAAAUCUGGUUCCAAAAUAGGAGGAUGAAGUGGAAGAAAGAACACAAAAUGGCUAGUAUGAAUGCCGGUAUGGGCAUGCAUCCUCAGGCAUAUCAUCAAAUGCAUCAUCAUAUGAUGCAACAACAUCACUUCCACCCUCACCUCGCCGAAUUGGAUACCAAAGCCUACUACUAGGGUUCCGCCUGGUCGUGGUAACUCUCGCGCUGUCAGGGGUCGUAACGAGUGGACGGCCCCGGGUACGGCGGGUAU